AUGUUUGUUUUCAUACCGGUCCGAAUUAACGUCGCGAUUGGUUCAAAAUCCAUAACUGGCCUCCGAGAGCCAGGUGUCGUUCACACCGCGGCCUCGCGCCUCGCUCGUCUCGUUAAUCACUCGUGUUCGCUAUUGUUAAAGCGCGGCGUACAGCCAUCUUUGUCAAAUUACGGGCGAUUCAAUUACAAUAAUUCGGUUUGUUUGUGGUAAUCAAAUGGAACAAAACGCGGUAGCGACGCGUCGCUUGGUAGAGUCGUGUACAUUUCUACAUACAUUCUCUUUUGUUUCAAUAUCGUACUGUACGACGCUACGUUGAAUGGAAGCGUUAUGACUACGGUGUUAACAGCUAGACAACCAUUAUAAUGAUGGAUGAUGUCGUCUUUUGCAAAAAGAGUGUAAAUUGAUAAUUUUAGUGAAUAAUGUGAAAGGUGUUGUUAAUGUUUGUGUUCGGGUGUGUAAGUGAUGAAAACUGCGUCGUAAUUUAGUUGUACACAUUGCAUAAAUGAGUGAAAUGGCGAUGCGGAGCGCGCGGGCCGGAGCAUGCGCGCCAGUUUCCUUGCAAUCGCUGGGAACGCACUGAGUGUUCUUCGUUUACCUGUAAAUCAAAAUGGGAAGGUCUAGAUUCCCUGGCAAGCCGCUGAAAUUUCAGAACAGAAAGCGUAUUAGUGUUUUAUCGGGUGCUGUUUAUCAUGAAACUGCUACAGAGAGUCACCCGCCCGCUCGUGGCGCGACGGCCAAUGAUUUUGCUGGGGAGAAAGAGGAGGAAGAAAAGAAAGAAAAUAAUAAUGAGAGUGAGACAAAUGAUGCUAAAGAAAAUAAAGUGAUUGAAAAUCCAGUGACUCCAUUAACACAGGACAGCGAGAGCAAAGGAGAAUCCAAAUCACCCGUGCGUACACGAUCACAAAACAAAAUGGAGCCCAUUAAGGUAGAUAAACUAAAACCAGUGAAAAAGACAGUCACUUUUGGUACUGUUGAAAGUUGUGAGGAUAUCUUCCUCCCAUUGAAGAAGAUACCAAAGCAUCAUGCACCCCUCAUUCCGAUUAUUAAAAAGAAAUCAGCUUUAAAACCAAUGGAAUACUCCAGCAUUCUUAAGCCUGCCAAGUUAACUGACUUGAGUUCAAAAUCCUCUUUAGAAAACCAAGAAGGAUAUCUUAGAAAGAAUUUGAAUCCACUGUCCAAACCAAUGAACAAAUUCUCACAGUUUAGUGAAAGUCGCUGCAUGUCACCACCACCUAGGAAUUCUUCACCAGUUGAUAAAGAAAGUGGGUCAUCAAAGUUUGUGUUACCUGCCAGAAGUAGUCACUCAUCACGGGUAAUCAAACCCAAUAAGAGAUUUAUUGAUGGAGAAGAACAAUCAACAAUCACAAGCAGCAUAUCAUCAGGAAAAGUUCUGAAGAAGCCAAAAUUGAAGAGAUUAGUAUUCAACAAUUUACAUGAUGAUGAUGAUACACCAGAAGAUGAACCAGAUAAAACAAAUCAGCCAAUAAAAUCAUCAAAUCUGUUCAAAGAUAAAACAACAAAUUCAUUCUCUGCUCUCAGCACUGGUCCCAGAAAACCAAUGCAUGACCUAUUCUCCUAUGAGAAGGAACCAGAAUAUUCUCAGGAUGAAAAUUCAAAUUUGGAAGGUUUGGAGAAAUUAAAAACAUCUGACAGUAAUAAAGAGGAAAGAACAGGGCAUGCAAUGAGGAAACUGAUGGACAUAUCUGAUGCUAGUAGUUCAAGUAGCACCAGUAGUGGCUCAGAAUCGGAAGAGAGCUGGGAAAGUGAUAGUCCUGGUGGCAGCGGGGAUGAGGAGGAGAAGCCAGCACCUCCAAGCCCGGAGAAGGAGAAAUCAUCUGCUUCUCAGUUGCUUAGAGGGAAGGUAAUCAUCAGGGAGGCAAGGCUGCAACUGAACCCUCCAACCCAAUCUACCUCUGGCUUGGAUGGACCAUUCUCAACAACAACAACAUCAUCAUCUCCCAACCCACCAACAACUGUCACUUGUGGAGUAUGUGGCGCAGUACGCUUCUACAGGUUUGUUAAGCAGGCUAGGAAGUUUGGAAUCUAUUCUUGUGAAUCUUGUCGGAAGUUCAUAUCAAAGAUGUUGAAAAAGGAGAAGAUGUCACAGAGAACUGGCCCAUUUGUCAUGCAGUGCUUGAAAGGAGAAGGUAAUUGUCAUGUGCCACCCAUAGUCCGUUCUCAGCAGUGGAAGCUUCUACGGUGCACCAACAAGGCCCGUUGUCCAGCCUGUUGGCUGAAAAUGUGUCUAAAAGCAUUCCAAGUGCCACCCAACAUCAAGGCGGGUCUAACGGCCAUGUUACCGCCCUUCAUGAGGACCGGAGUCAAGCCAGUCGUGUCCCUCACGCCAGUGAACCCAUUGAGGAUUGGAAGCACCAAUGCUACAGUCCCAGUGUUUUCGUUGCCUGGCAAUGACAAUGAUGAAAAACUUUUCACGUCUCUGAAAUCAUCCAAGAAGUCUAUUCAAGAUGUUGAAAAAACAGAGGAAAAGCCACAGAAGGAUACAUUAACGUCAACAGAGGCUGAAAAAGAGUUCAACACUAAUAGGAAACGUCGUAUACCAAGGACUAAAGUGAGAAAGAAAGACAAGAGCGAAUCUAAACAAACUGAAGAUCCGAAACGACAGAAAGUGGAACUCAAAGGUCCUAGAGUAAAACAUGUCUGUCGAAGCGCAUCAAUAGUGUUAGGACAGCCAAUAGCCACAUUCCCAACACAGGAAGAGAAAGACAAAGAAAAAGUCACAGAUGAAGAUCAAAUGUCAAUUGCUGAUAAAGAUACAACUCCUGAUCAGUCCAGCUGUGAAUCUGAACCGGAUACUGAAAACAAGGUACCAUUGGUCACUCUUGUGGCACCAGCACCUUCUAAAGAUAUAGAAGUUGAAACCCCAAUGGAGAAUAAGAAGAGGAAGGUAGAUGUAUCAACGAAAGCACAGAAAUCGGAGUCUGGUGAAGAAGAAACCAUUAUGGAUCUUGUGCCUAAGAAAACAAUUGUGAAACCAUUGUCAAACAUCACUAAUGUACGAGGCCGAUCACAAAAGUGUGGACAGAAUCGUUCAGAGCUUAUCUGUGUGGAUUUCUGGGAGAGUUACGAUCCAGAUGAAGUGUGCAGUUCUGGUUUCGGGUUGAUUGGAACGGCGUCCUUCACUGUCGCAAGGCUGUGUUUCCUUUGUGGAAGUGCUGGGAAAGAAAAGAUGGUGGCGUGUUGGAGCUGUUGCGAGUGGUAUCAUGUGUGGUGUGCGGAAGAGACUGGCGGUAAAGGUUGGACAUGCGCCCGCUGCGUGCUGUGCGCGGCGUGCGAGCGGCCGGCCGCGCGCCGCAGCUGCCGCGGCUGCGGACGACACUACCACGCGGCGUGUCUGCCUGCUGCGCCGCGUGACCAACGCAGCGACUACACGCAGAUAUGCAGCGCGUGCUUGAAAUGCAAGAGUUGUGACAGCCGCCGAGUGAGCAAGUUUGUGGGCAGCCUGCCGUUCUGCGGGCCCUGCUUCAAGCUGCGACAGAAGGGCAACUACUGUCCGCUGUGCCAGGCCUGCUACAGGGACAACGACUUCGACAGCAAGAUGAUGGAGUGUGGAUCGUGCAGACGCUGGGUUCACGCCAGCUGUGAAGGGCUCUCCGGGGAAGGAUACCAACUUCUCUCUGCCCUUCCACCGUCGAUAGAAUAUAUGUGCUGCAAAUGCAUGCCCACUGACCCUCCCUGGAGGCGAAUGCUCACCGAACACCUUAAGAGUCGCCUCCUACACUUACUCAAACUGCUCGCGAAGAACAAAAAUGCCUGCGCACUCCUCAAAUUGACGCCGCACAAAAAUACCCCAGUCCCCAACAAGCCGUAUCGACUGAUGUCGCCUCAAGCCAUAAGGAAAUUACACUUCGACGGCGCUGAUGACACCAUGAAGAAUACGACAGAGACGAAAGUUUAUAGAAACACGGCUCGGGGACGAAGAAAUAACAAGCCCGAUGAUGCUAAUCAAUGGAAUUGUCCCUCGUUAGAAGGGAUGGAUAAGGAUGUUCCUCAUCCAUUACAUAAAGUAGUCAAUCUCCAGGAGCCACUGAUGCAGAACAAGGAGAUAUGCUUCUCUACUGGAUUGUACGACGCUAAAACUGAGUUUGACGCGCCCUGUGUAGAAGUUCAUGAGAAUUUCCAACCACAAAAUAAAAGUGAGAAGGCCACAACGAUGUUGCCCACGACUGUACAUGAUGAUAAGUACGACGCUAUAUCUGACGAUGAUGAACCUAUUAAACCAUAUUCUCAAACCAGGAGUGAGCAAGAUUUGAGCCCAGCUGUUGUCAGAGUGAACAUGGAUCUCGAUAAUCUAAACAGGAUUGUCUCUCCAUCAUUACUGGAUAUCAAGAAAAGAGUAAACAAUGACGAGUAUACAUCUUUGAAAGAUUUUAACCAUGAAAUGAAGGAGGUCAUUGAGAGGACAUUAAGCACUGACCUCAAAGCUAUAUACAAAGAUCUAUUUAUGGAGACAUUCCCUUGGUUUGACUGUGAAAAUAACUGUUUGCAGCCAAAUUUGGAGGUUGAAGGUGAACAAGAUGAAUCAGAAUCUUUGAAAGAUCACGAUAUUAGUGAUAAUAGCGAUGAUAAGUCUACUAUUGAGAAGCCAUUGGAUCAGAUCGUGCCAAAAUUGGAAGUUGAAGAGAAUGUUGAAGAGGAGUUGCUAGAUUUUUAUCCAAUAGUAGACUCGAGGAUCUGUGUUUUGUGCAAAGUUUCUGGUGAUGGUCUGUCAUCCAUGGAAGGUCGACUUUUGUACUGUGGUCAGAAUGAUUGGAUCCACGCGAACUGCGCUCUAUGGUCGGCCGAAGUGUUUGAAGAAAUCGAUGGUUCCUUACAAAAUGUGCACUCAGCUAUAUCUCGAGGUAAAAUGAUAAAAUGUGCUGCCUGUGAUGUUAAAGGCGCUAGCGUCGGCUGCUGCGCGAAGAACUGCAGCGAGACUUAUCAUUAUACAUGCGCUAGAAAGGAAAGCUGUGCAUUCAUGGACGACAAAAGAGUAUUCUGUCCUGCUCAUGGUAAAGAUGUCCCGAAAAAGAGCUUACAAAAGGACGCCGACUUUGAGCUCACUCGACCAGUUUAUGUAGAACUUGACAAGAAAAAGAAAAGGUACAGUGAAAUUAACAAAGUACAAUUCCUCCUUGGAUCAUUAACUGUGAAUUCCCUUGGAAAGAUUGUCCCUUCAGUCUCAGAUUUUGAAGACUUUCUGAUGCCAGUUGACUUUUCUUGUACUCGUCUAUUUUGGUCUUGCAAAAAACCUUCAAAAAUAGUGAGAUACACAAUAAAAACGAAAUUAAUACUGGCCGAGCCAUUGCCUGGAUUUGAUUUUGGAGUAAAUAUAACUGUCGACCACUCAAUGGAAGUUCAAGUUGUCGAUAGAGUGAUUGCUGAAAUUGGUGCGUGGCAUAAGAGUUUGGAAACUGGGGGUAGUAAGACUGUUUUGAUGCUGAAAAGUGAUAAAUCACCAAUCAAAUUUGGGAGCAAUGUUACAUUGGAAGACCUAGCUGUGAAGCAAGUGGUCGAGUAUCUUCUGGACAAUGUCUGCAAACAAGAACAACAAGAUGAAGAGGAACCACAAAAUCCUGCAGAUUUGUUCCCUCCUGAAGUGAAAGACGCCAUCUUUGAGGAUCUCAACCAUGACUUAUUAGAUGGUAUAUCAAUGCAAGACAUAUUCCAAGAUUUAAAGAAUGAAUUUUACUGUCAAAUUCAAUCUGAUGAUAAAAGUAACGAUAUUGAUGAAAUUCUUAAUGCCAGAUUAGAAUCAGGGAGGCAGAGCCACAAUUUUAAAAGUUUAACAACUGGACGCGGUCAACAAAGAUCUAGCAGUCUCACUUUGAACAACAAGUUUGAUACCAGUUUGCUAUCGUCAACCAUUAAGCGAUGUAAAAUGGGAAAAUCAACGACAGUGACUGGCAAACUUAGUCCAGUGCAAAGAGCAAUGCUUCUAGAGACUGCAUUAGAUGCAAGUAAAGAAACGGAUAAUAACAUAGAAAAGAAAUUGAAAAAUGAGGGGAGCAAUGCUACAUCUCUAUGUGACGAAACUGCUCAUACGUCAGGCAUGAAUUUCCGCACUACUUCUCCUAAGAAGGACGACAGUAGCAAUGAAAAAACUGAUAAAACAGAGGGUUAUUACACAGACGUUAUUGACUUUUACACCAAGAUACAGUGUAGCCCUAUUUCCCAAUUAGAUGGUGCGGCCGAUUGGUCAGGAUCAGAAAGUACAUGUAGUUCCCGGCCGAACAGUCCGCGGAAUAAUGACGAAGACUUUUCACCAAUACAGCAACUAGAUGGCGCUGAAGACAAUCAUCCCAGCGAUAACACACAAAGAAAUCAAACAAAUCAGUUUAUGUACAGAGCCAGUGGAUCUGAGAGCACAUAUACAGUAACUAUUGCUGGGAAUUCUAUUAGCGGCCAGCCGGAACUAGUCAUGAGACCUUUGGACGAUGGAUCCGGAGCUUCCGGGCAGUUAGAACAGUUGGUCAGAUGCGACAGAUGUCAAUGUACUUACAGAAAUAAGGAGUCUUACGACAGACAUGUCCCAACAUGUGAUAUGAUGUCGACUAGUGAGAGCGAAAGUGAGAACCCGAAAUCGCCGGAAAAUAGAACUUUGACGACAUUACAGAACGCGUUCCAAGGCGCCUUCGCCCAACCGAUGAUUAUUCACGCGGGGGUAGUAAGCAGCAGUGAGAACACUGUCAAAGCUGAAAGUAUAUCUGCCAGAAGAACGUCAAUAAACACCAGACAAAUCACUAUUAAUGGCACUAUUGUUGAGACUCCAUCUCCCGGGCCGUCGAACGAAAUGACUAUGACCAUUACUGAGCAAAUGAAAUCGGGCACAGUCAUCUUUGAUCAAAGCAAGACCACAAAUGUGCAAGUAUCCGCUAACCAACAAGUGUUAUCUUCGCCCCAAAUUGUUGUUACGCCGCAAAUGAUAUUACCGCCCAAGACGAGUUCCGCAAGUGGACAAAAAAUCAUGACACCCCAAAUAAUAACCCAACCUGGUAUUUUACCGUACAACAUCUGUGUAAAACCGAGCAAUGGUAAUAAUUUGCAACAAAUACAGGGCAGUGAUAUGGCACAGUUAUUAUCUGGAACAGGAGGUAUACAGGUCAUUUCUUCAAACUCCAAUCAAGUCCUUACAAUACCAUCAAAUCAGGGAAAUAUAACACCUUUGAUGCAAGGCAAAAAUCAAGUCACAAAUUUCCCUAACAUGGCCAGUGCCACGUCUAUAGCAUUACCAGUGAACUCUAUACAAGGAAUGCCAAAUGCUUCAAUCAUUCAGAAUAUUCAGCCGAUGAUUCGUUCGCAAAUUCAAGGAAACCCAACAAUUGUCGUUCCUGCGAUGUCAGCUCAGAGGUUUGCUGCACCUAACAUGCAAAAGCAACAGAUUCUUCUCCCAGGAAAUCAAAAAUCGCCAAAGAAACAACCGCCACAAGUUCAGCCGAAGCCUAUUUUCCAGGCGGCAAACAGAGGCCGAGGGCGGCCUAUACCUAAACCUGCAACAAUGAAGCGACAUACCAAACUAGAAAAAACAUUUACGACGAUUAAUCAAUCGCCAUUAGGGCCGGGCAAUACUGUGAUUCAGCUACAAACUAACAAUCAAACCGGCCAGCCGUCUAUUAUAGUGCAACCUGUAGCGAACCAAAACAUCAUGUCUGCUUACGUCGAGGCUUUAUCUCAACAGCAAAACCAGAACAUGCAGUAUAUAGCCACUAUAGCCCCACAAGGAGACUUCAAAACGGGACCCACUCAAUUCAUAUCCCAGGGUGGUCUCAUGCCGCAAACAUUCCAGAUACAACAGACAGAAUCAGGAGGAUUGGUUGCAGUUCCCAGUGGAGGUAUUCCAGUGUUGCUACCUCAAGGAAACGUCGGGAUAUUACCACAAGCUAUUCAACAAGGCGCAACAAUAUUACCGCAAGGCGCGAUUCAGACUCAAGGGAUAAUUUCACAAGGGCCUAAUGGACCAACCAUUCUCCCACAAGCGAUCCACACCCAAAAUGGGGCGACGAUAAUACCACAAGGAACUAUACAAGGACUAACUCCUGGAAAUAUCUCAUCUCAAACAGCAACUUUGUUGCCAAAUAAUACGUUGCAAACUGCUGGCGCCACUGUCGUUCCCCAAAGUGGCAUUAGCAAUGGACAAACUACGAUAAUUCCUAACGCGUUACCAUCUCAAGGAAAUGCUCUAAUAUCAUCUACCCCUGGAGCUACUAUACUCCCACAAGGAACUUUACUACCCCAGUUUUGCAAUGACCAAGUCAUACUUGGAUCCACGCCUACUUUAGAAAUGGUAACAGACCCAUCUGGCUGUAUGUAUUUGACGACUACACAGCCAGUUUAUUACGGUUUGGAAACUAUCGUACAGAAUACUGUAAUGUCGUCUCAGCAAUUUGUGUCAACUGCUAUGCAAGGUGUACUGGCUCAAAAUAGUAGUUUUUCGGCUACAACUACUCAAGUUUUCCAAGCAAGUAAAAUAGAGCCAAUAGUGGAAGUGCCAUCGGGCUAUGUAGUAGUGAAUAACGUUGGCGAUGGUGUGGCUCAAGUGACGUCAACGCCCAACGUAGUCGCCCCACACUCUGUACAGUCGUCGCCGCCCACUUUGAAGAACGUGAAAACGACUGUACCUAACCUCACAUUGCAGCCGUUGCCAGACAAAUCGACAAACAGACAGACCCCAAAAGUAAUCCAAAUGAGCCCAACACCGAUACCUGGCUCACAAGGCAAUGUUAUAGCAGCGAGACAAAAUAUUAACCCUAUAACGUCACAGAUACAUAGCAUGACGUUGUCGAGUGCACCCCAAAAUCUACAGAGAACCAGUAUAGCUAAACCCACGAAUGUGACUAUGUCGCCAAAUGUGACUCUUGUAGCAUCUAUCGGACAACCAGUUAUGGCUAUAUCACAAUCGGUGCCUAACUCGGCGCCAUCGUUCUCGCUGCAGUCCAUACCGCUGUCGCAACCUAUUGUGUCCAGCUCCAUAGCGCCUUCUGCCAAUAAAAAUAAUAUCAAAGUUGAGAACUCACAUGUUAUUGAGAUCAGUGGGAAUUUACACGAAAGUUCGAAUUCUUCGAGUAUGCCAACUAUUAGUGUUACUCAAAGUAUUAAAUCUCCUACCCCAUGGAGGCAAAUGAGCACACCAAGCAAUGUUAACGCAGAUAAGAAUGAUAUGCAAAAUAUGACAGUGAAGACCAGUAAUAGUUGCGCUAUGAACAUUCAGAGUAACCUCCCAGGAAGGGCACACCAUAAUGAAGCGGAAAGAAUGAACCAGAACUGUUUGAUGUCCUUGACUAAUAAUAGUAUACCUGGAAUGAAUCUGCAUUCGCAUCAAUUCGAGUCUAAUUUGAACGUGAGCCAUCAUUCAUCGACUCAUUCGUCCAGCAAUAAUAUUAUUCAGAUAACCGCCGGCAAUAUCUAUCCUCCUUCUUCAGUCAUGAACAGCAACUUUGAUGCCGACACUACACUCAAAUUGAGCAAAAUCAACGCGCUAUCGAAAGCGGAAGGCGGGCACUUGAAUUUCUCACAAGAAAUUAUGGCUUCACAUUCACAACAACACGCCCAAAAUGAUAAAACUUUCCAAAACAUGGGUAAUAGUGACAACAAACAUAAUAACGAUAACAUGAACAACCAAAUGAACAUACAUAAACUAAAUAGUUGUCAAGUGGCCGGCAACAUGAAUAACCCGCCAGCUAUCAGUAUUAUACCCCAUAAUGUCAUGCGACCACCGAUGCAUAACAAUCAGAAUUCUCUUUCCGUUGGAAACAACCAGAAUCAAAUGUGCUCUAUUUCAAAUACCUCAACUCACAAUCAAGUUCAAAUAAUGAACUCAAACAGUUCUAUGCAGAAUAUGAAUAUGUCGUGCCAGGAAUCAACAAAUACCAUAAGUUCAAGGGUCAAUAUUACUGUUUCGAGUGAUAAUAACAGUCAGCAAAAUAACACUCCACAUGAAAUAUCUAACUCUAUGAACUCUUCAAGCAUGUCUCACGGGAACAUGCAAAUUUUAUCGCACGACAAUAACCAACAUUCGACUCCUAACCAAAUUCACAUUAUGAACGGCCAAAUCCAACAUAAUCGCCCUGGCGAAACUACCAAUCAAAUGCAACAAAUUAAUCAAAGUUCGUCCAAUCGCACUUUUCCCGAAAAUAUCCUUGGAAGCCAAUCUAACAUGUUAUCAAACAGAAGUACACCCGACAAUACAAACCUCAUGAAUCAGACAAUGAAUAUGCAUGGCCACAACAAUCACGGCAUGAAUAGAAACGAUCUCAACGACUUGAACCACAUGCAUAUGCAACAGUCAAUGACCAAUAUGAAUAAUAUGCAGAACAAUCGAAUGAUGAUGGAGAACAUGCAGUCUCAUUCCAUGACCAUGGGUCAUCAGAUGCACUCAAAUAGAUCUAUGGAUAACAUGCACAGCAAUCAGUUGCAUCCGAUGCAGCCUAUGAAUCACCAUAUGAACAACAGUGGGCGUUCCCAAAUAGAUAGUAACAUGCAUGUGAAUCAACAGAUGUCGCUGUCUCAAAAUAGGCAGUUGGAUAACAUGGGCCUCCAUCAUCAGCAUCAAAUGCCGAAUGUUAUGCAAAUGCAGAAUAGAAACGCACACAUGGACACUAAUUUGAUGGGAAUGCACCCACAUGUGCCCAAUCCAAUGCAUAACAGACAAAUGGAUAAUAGCAUGCACAUGCAUCACAUGACCGGCAAUGCUAAUAUGAACAUAAACAACCAAAUGGACAACUCUACGGGUAUCCCUAAUAUGCAUAACAGACACGAUAACUCUAUUUCAAUGCAGAACCAUAACAAUUUGAAUCAAAUUCAAAACAAUAGAAAUUCAAUGGAGCAUUCGUCAAUGAUGCAACAUCAAAUUCCAAAUAUAAAUUCCAUUAAUAACAUUGGGAUGCAUAGUAAUAUCAAUAGCUCGAUGCAGAUAGCGAACAACGGGCAUCAAUCAAUGAAUAGCUCCUUGAUGCAUGUCCCUAAUAUCCAAGACAUCAAAAAUGAAAUCCAGAAUUCAUGCAGUGGAAGUUGCUCUAAUAAUAGCACACCAUUUCCUAACAAUCAGAACUUUGAUAUGUGCUCCAACAUUAACGCCAACUCGAACAUGAACAUAGGCGCUGGCAACAUGAUGCAUAAUAUGAAUGUCAAUAGCAACUCCAACAUGAUGAUGAAUUCAAGCAACUCAAUGUACGGACAAAAUAAUCAAAGCAAUAUGGCGACCCAUGAUAUGCUAAUGAGUUGCAACACACCUACCGAUCACAGCGUCAACAACAUCAUGCCUAACAACUCUAAUCACCUUAUGAUGAAUAAUUCUCAAUCUCAUGCGAAUUCCAAUCAGAAUCAGUUAUUGAGCGGUCCGCUUAAUAACAAUUCGCAAAUGAACAUGAGUAGUUGCAGUAUGACGCCUAAUAACACUCCACAACCAACUCUUACCAAUUUGGAUAAUCAAAUGAACAGAAAUAAUAUCCCUGUCAAUGAACCGCCCAAGUUCCCGCAAGAAUCUUUGAGAGGGAAGAAUAUUAUGGCAGCGUCGUCUAACGCCAACAUGCCAAUGCCCAACUUACCAAAUAAUGAUUGUGCAAAAGUAAACAUGAUUGGAAAUGAGAAACAAAAUCAUAACAUAUCUGUAAAUAAUCAAAUUGGUUACAUGCAAAUGAAUGCUCAGCAGAAUAACAGAGUAAUUAAUUUGCCUGAGAGAAAUAGGAUGAACAAUGCAAACUUGGAAAAUAAUUUAAAUCAACAUGUACCACAGCAGCACAAUAUAAGAGUUAUGACAAACAACAGUAACAGUAAUGUACCCGGUAUCACUUCGGAGCCCCUGACAUUCCAGCAAAAAAGUGAAAACAACAGCACUAUGAUCAACGUGCCAUUCCAAGCCAUACCGAACAGUGCGCCAAUGAAUAUCAACGUUAAUUCUAGUAAUAAUACUGUAAACAUUACUGUUCAAAAUAACUUGGUGGAUCCAAAGAUCGCGUCGAAGGCUGCAGCCGAUAUUAACUUCCCUCUUCAACCCAAUGCUAAUUUGCUACAAAAUCAGAAUAAUUCAAGUGGUAUGAUUUGCAUUCCGGUUCAAAAUAAUACGAUUAAUUUGCCGACUCAAAACAGUUCUAGUAUUACAUUGCCAAAAGCACCACCAACUCAGCAAUCUGGUAUCCCCACUAAUGUGGUAAACCCAAUGUCAAUGAGGCCAAUGAAUAGGGUGUUGCCGUUACAUAGAGAUGGCCAGAGCAAAUCAACUAAGAGUUCAACUGCUACUACUAAAACAUCCCCAAAACAAGCGAGACCUGUUAGCCAUGAUAUGCCAGAUCUGAAUAUCAAAGAUGAAACCAUAGACAGCGACCUUGAAAAGGCGAUUGAAGAAUCUAAAAGAAUGAUGGAGUUAGAAAGAGUUAAAAGGGAGAAAGAGGAGAGAGACGCGGCUCGCGCUAUGCAACUAUCAGCUGAAAUACAGCAAGCGAAUACUAGCACUGCUGCUAUCGCAGCGGAAUCGAGAGCUAGUGAACCUAUUCAGGCUAAAAUGACUUCUCUGCCUAAUUUAGACGCUGAAAUGAUUGAAGUCGAACCACCGAAAGUAUUGACAGAAAAGGAUGUCAACAGGACACUGGCAUCUAAGACGCCUAAUAUACCUACAAAAAUGAUGAAGAGACCACUAAGUGAUAAGAAAAGUGAGUCUGAAACUGUUGUGAUUAAGAAGCAAACGAAAAAAGGUCAGGAGAACAAGCCGUCACAAUCGAAGCAAACUCCAGACCCGCCAAAAGAUGAUGGCCCCAAGCUAAUAUACGAAGUGACGUCGGAAGAUGGUUUUAGCUACAGUUCGCCUUCUUUGACGGAUCUCUGGGCCAAAGUGGUGGAAGCCGUCCAGAAUGCGAGGAAGCAGGCAGGGCUGUCACUGAUCAAUUACAAUCUGCCGUCGAGUCUUUCGGGUGCACAUCUUUUGGGAUUCAACAACAACGCUUUGCGAUAUCUCAUUGAGCAGUUGCCUGGGGCGAGCCGCUGCACCAAAUACAAGAUCCGGCAAGGUCGGCAGCUGAGCAGCUGGGAUAACAACUUGGACCUGAGCGAGGGCUUCAAGGAGAGUGCCUGGGGCAGCGCCCGCACGGGCCCCGUGGCGCGGAAGCCCAGCCACGACAUGUUCAGCUGGAUGGCGUCGCCCUUCAGGGAGGAGCCACCGCCUUUUGGAGGGCAGGAGGGAGAGAGCUCUAUUUCUAGGCGCCUGGCCACCCUACCGCCGGCAAUGAGAUUCCGACAACUGAAGGAGACAUCUAAAGUGUCUGUGGGCGUCUACAGGUCGCAUAUCCAUGGACGAGGACUCUUCUGCAAACGAGAUAUCGAAGAAGGUGACAUGGUGAUCGAAUACGCCGGCGAAGUGAUCCGCGCCGUGUUGGCGGACCAACGGGAGAAGAAAUACGAAGCGAUGAGCGGGCGGCGUGGCGUCGGCGGCUGCUACAUGUUCCGGAUAGACGACAACCUGGUGGUCGAUGCCACGCUCAAGGGCAAUGCGGCCAGGUUUAUCAACCACUCGUGCGAUCCCAACUGUUACUCACGUGUGGUGGACAUCCACGGUCACAAGCAUAUCCUGAUAUUCGCGCUCCGCCGCAUCAGCAUCGGAGAGGAACUAACUUACGACUACAAAUUUCCCUUCGAAGAGGUCAAGAUCCCGUGCACAUGUGGCGCGAAGAAAUGCCGCAAAUACCUCAACUAACACGCGUGAGUUUUGUCAAUUAACCACCGGACUAUAAUCUAACGCCCAAUUUGAAUAGCAUAAUUAUAGAAGUACAUGAUUUAGACUUAUUAUAAACAUAGAUUUUUGACGGUUAUGUAUAAGGAACGGAAGUUAUCACGGAAAAGAAACGAUGGAUCUCCUGAUGCUAAGUACGCUUUGAAUUUAGUGUGGGGAAAUGUGUGAGGGAUAUGCGUAGAAUGUCUGUCUGAAAAACAGCAAAUUGUUGUAUAUUGACUGUGAUAUAAAAAACUGUAAAUUUUAAUGUUUACAGUUGUUGUGCUGUGUUGAUUUGGCAUUAAGAAACGAGUAAGCAUCUAAAGAAGGAAAAAUAAUGUAUUAUUAAUUGUUAGCUUCUUAUUUACCAGUCAAUAUACCGCAAUUGGACUUAGCGGAAUUAACGCUACUGUUUUUUAAUGUUUUUCAAAUAGAUCAUUCCACCUAAACCUAUGCGAGGAUGUAAUACUGGGUCGAGCACUUUGUUAUGUGUAUGCAUUAUAUAAUAUGUAAGACAAUAAGUCAAAUUCACAUAUCGCGUUAUUCCCACCAAUUUUGUUGCUUGUUCGGCAUCCAAGCUGGACAAUGUCGAGCGCUAGUUGAAAAAUGUACGCAUUAUAUUUCUAUCUCUAUCACUCGUAAAUAAUUUGUAGUGCUUUCUCGCUCGCAUAACUUAAUCUGCGAAACGAAGAACUAUAAAUGUUUAUUAAAGCGAUGAAAUUUGUGCUAAUUGCUAAAGCUCGGUAUAAAAUCAUACGUGAAUCUUGUAAUGAUCUCUUUCAUGAAUCUGCCCAGUGUUUACAAUUGUUGGAUUGUAUAAUUUGGACUUAGUUUUUACUUAAUAUCUUUAUUUUGUGAUAAGUCUAUACAUUUUGUAAAUAUUUUUUUAUAGUUGUUUUCGGAUGGAUAGGUCGCGGACUGCCAAGUGUUUACACUUUGAUGUGAUAUGUUUAACCCGAGAUCGGGACGAGAAUGGUUAGUGCGUAGGUAGUGUACAUUUGUUCCUCAUUUUCUUAUUAUUUACUUGUGAUCAGUUAAGUCUCGACUAACGUAGCGGCGUACGUGUACAUAUAUACCGAAGGGAAAUCUAGGAUACUGACUAUAUAUAAUGAAAUUAGUACAUUCGAAAGAAGGGUAGCAAGGUUACAAGUACAAUGUACUUUUUAGUAAUUUUAAUGAGUAUUGUAUAGUGAAUUUGUAAAUAAGAGGAAUUAUCUGUCAUAAUAAUAAUGAAGUUAAGACAAAUCGUUUUAUUAUAGUCAUAGAUGUAGGAUAUACUUUAUAGUUUAUGACUACGAUGUAUAUAAUAAGGAUUGUAAUGAGCGAGGAACGAAGGGGAGAUGUCGACAGUAGAUACUCCCAGUUACAUAGCACGUUUUAACAAGAAUGCACAUUUUUAGCUUUAAACAGCACAGCUUGUGUUACGAAACACUACUAAAAUAGAUUUUUAGUUCAUUUUGAUUUUUAUUUUGAUUUGUGUUAAUUGGCAGUUACAUAUUUUUAGCAUUUUGUUCUCUAAGCAUUUAUAGACUGACGUUCAGACACAGACUCAUCACAACAGAUCAUCACAUGAACUAGAGACCAAGCUACUUAUCACAAUGGCUAGUAAUAACAUUAAACGUAAAUAGUAGGUGCAAAUGUAAUUUAGCAUCAGUCAAAUAUGUUGUCAGUAGCUAUCGUCGACCUAUACAAAAAUUCUGUCUAUCGCGUACAUUAAAUUCGGAGCCUGGGUACACUAUGAAAAAAAAUUAGGAUAUACAUUCAAACAAAACAGCGAGUCCAAUUCUGUUACUAUUUGGAGGAAUCUCACUGCAAAUUUUACUAAAAUAAUUUGAUAUUGAAAAUAUUAUGACAUCAUCGCGAUCAGCAAAACAUACACCACCGAACUUCACAUAAUGUGGGUAUUGUUUAAUGGAUGUGAGUGACAGAGAUAGCUAUACAUCGACUGUUGUUAUUGACUUCUUAUGUGGCAGUCGUAUACAUAAAAACAAUUAUAUUAAGCAAUUUGAAUGCCAUAGGAUAACAUUGUCUAAGGUAUUUUGUUACUGCAUCUAAUAAUAGCAGUAUUAACUGAAUAUUGUCCCCAAGUAUUUUAUAGUUAAUAUAAAUCAAUGGAGCAGAUUAAUAUAGUAUGGAAAUGUUUAGUAUUAGCCUAGUACUUUUCAAAAUUUGUACAUUAGAAAGGUGCAAAGAAAUGGUUGCUUGGGUUACGUGUAUUUCAAGUUGAUUGAAUUUUAUGUUCACAGUCAAGAUAAGCACAAUUAAAUUUCUUCUGUAAUACUGAUAAAGGGUUUUGUAGAAGUAUAUGUACUACAAUUUUGUGCAAUUAUUCUAUAAGACGAAGCAACUAAAGUUAUUUUAAAAAAUCCGAAAACUAAUGUGAACAAAUAUGGUUGAGGUAGAAUGCGCUAAGAUUUUGUAAUAUGUAAGGGUUUCUUACAUUAAUAAAUAAACACAAAGAAGAUACAUAACAUCACAAAUAUAUACUUCUAUAACACACUUUGCAAAUGAAAUAAUAGAAAGAAGAAUAAUAAAGCAAUCAAGACAUUUAUUUAUAUCAUAAGCCACGACCAUUGUUUCCAUUUUGGUAUAAUAUACUGUCUUGAGAACACUAGAAAUCAGUUUGUGGGAGUUAGGUACUUCAGAUUAUUCUUAAGUCCCUUUAUCUACCGCCUAACAACCUGAACAUUGUAAAUAACUAGAAUGUUGUAAUGUGUUGUAUUGUAAAAUGUUAAAUCUGUGAAUUCGAUGGACUGUUGAGCUGAGGAUAAACGGACUAAGAGGAAUAUUUAAAAAUUAGCUAUUACCUAUAAACAGGACACUGCUCAUUUUCAACAAAAAAUAGAUUAAAAUAUAACUAAACAAUGCAUCCACGCAGUAUGCCUUAUUGUUAUUUGAUUAUGUAAAUAUUUUUUGUUGACUAUGAACCGUGCCAUGUUUGCUUAAUGAUGAUCCUAAUUGUGGCUGUGAUUCUCUCAAGUGAUAAGCGCCUAGUAAAUCAGGACAUAUCCCUAAGCUAGUCUGUUUCUGUUGUACCUUUGUCACUUGAAGACACACAGCCACCGCCAAAAGCCGAUCUAAUCAAACGGUUGAUAUUUGUUUACAUUUUGAUACGAGAUAGUCGGAAUUAUAGUUUACAUCGAGUUACGAUAAUAAAUAAAAAGUACAGGUAAUUUUAAUAAUUAUACUUAACUAUUUUUUUAAAUUAGUUUUAUAUUAAACAUAAUAUUAACAUUUUUUUUCCACCUUCCUGAUUCUUGUGUUUUGUUUUUUAAAUAUUGACCUGGACAGUGAUAUCAAUUUAUUAUGCCAGCAAAGGAAGACUUGUUUGAUAGGCGAGAUGAACUUGAAAAUAUGCUUUAAAAUUAUGUAAUUUUAUUAGUCCUGUAUACUAUUUUAAUUAAAAGACCAAAUCACCAAGUGAUGAAUCAAUUUGCGUUAAUUUUAAGUGUAAACAUCUGCUCUUGAUAUUAUUUUUUGUGUUAAAAAUAAUGCUUUUAUUUUUAAUGUACACAAUGCCAUUUUGCCUAAUGUUAUUAUAAAUUAUAUUAAAUUGCUUUAAAAGCACCAAUUUUACAAUGCAUAGUUUCUAUGACCUGUCUAUACAUUUUAUUACUUUAUUUAUUUCUAUCAUUAUUUUGUAUUGUGGUAAAUUUUACCAAAAAUAAAAACUACUAAAAUGUG